AUGCAUCCGAUGCGCGCACACUUGCUGGAGAGAUGCUUUGUGCGUCUCGUCCACCACUCGCCUGACACGAUCGAGCGCAGUCGACACUACACCCACGGAGUCGACAGGCAGCCAGCAAUUCACCUGGAGCGGUGGGCGAAGCAGCACCUCAGCUUACACCAUCGAUGCAGCGAGCGACAACCGCCACGACACGCUGCGACUCGAGCCAUGCCCUGCCCGCCCUGUCGCAAACAACGCGACGCAGCUGCUCCUCGUGCGACGCGGCUGCCCGCACCCGUCCGGCGGCUACAAGAGUCGUACCUCACGCGCCGUCGCGAGCGUAUCCUCUGGAACCGCACGGAAGCUGCGUGA